CUGCCAGUCUCUCAAUGGGAUUUGUACCUACUAGCCCUUGGACUCACAUAACAGCAGUAACACAUGAGAGCUGUAACGAUACACUCCCUGGCACUGAUGAAUAGAGGCCAAACAAUAGGGGAAAGGUUAUUAUAGCGCAAAGUUGCGCAACUGCGGUAUUUACUUAGCACACGCACAGAAGGUAGCAUUCCAUUUGUCUCUUUAUACCUAUUAUGUAAUAAGUAAGAGGGGAAUGACAGCGACUCAGCGUUUCAUGCUAAAGGUGUGUGAUACCAAGUGUGAUACCUCUGAGCUACAGCAGCGGAGUUAGUAUGAAAUGUAACAACCCCGAGCCGCCCUGCCCUCUCCACUGCUUUGGUUGCUCCAGUCAGGAAGUAUCAUGGAGCCCAGUGGCAGCUGAGGGGUCACGGGUAGGAAACUGACAGUUGGACGCAGGUUGGACGGUGAUAAAGGAGAGGUCGGAGCAGCCCGCGCUGAAGUCCAUGUGAAUAAAGGGCGGGGUGAGCGGCGCUGCUGAUGUCAGAGCUUCCCCACGUUGUGACUCCACUGUCCUAAGUCGGGAGAAGCCACAAGCUGGCGGGUGGUGCGGGCGCGGAGUCCCUGUCAUGAGAGUGGGCAGAGAAACGCGACGGGCUGGGGGCGGUUGAAGUUUGAGGCACUUUUGACAGAAGUGUGGGACGCUCGGGAGGAUGAGGGACAAUAUGAGUGACUUGUGUGAGUCCAGUUCGCACCUAAACUCAGGGGCGAGUCCGGUCCCCAGCGCCGUGAUGUUCUCUGCCGGGGUGCUGGGCAAUCUGAUCGCUUUGGUGCUGCUGGAGAAUCGCAGGAGGGGGAUCAGGGGCAAAAUCUCUCUCUUCCACAUCCUGGCCACUGGCCUGGUCAUCACUGACCUGAUGGGCACCUGCAUGAUUAGCCCUGUAGUCUUGGCUUCUUACUCGAGGAACUUGACCCUCAAUGCUUUGGGGGGCAGUGACAAACCUAUUGUCUGUCAUUAUUUUGCCUUUGCCAUGACUUUCUUCAGCCUGGCUACUAUGCUGGUCCUGUUCGCCAUGGCGCUGGAGAGGGCAAUGGCCAUAGGGCACCCUUACUUCUAUGAGAAGUUCAUCAGUAAACGCUGUGGUCUGGUCACAUUCCCUGUCAUCUACUCCUUCUGCGUCUUCUUCUGCCUCUUCCCAGCCAUGGGGGUUGGGGAAUACAUCCAGUACUGCCCUGGAACCUGGUGCUUCAUCAACAUGAGAGGCGAGCACAUAGACGGCUCCACCAGCAACGUCUACUCCACUUUGUAUGCCACCCUCCUGCUCAUACUCAUCAUUGCAGUGCUCACCUGCAACUCCAUAGUCAUCAUCAGCCUGGUGAGGAUGCACAAGCGCCAGAAAGCGCGGAGACUUGGCUCUCUCACAGUGACCAAGCGAGAGAGGAUGUCCAUGUCUGAGGAGAUAGACCAUCUUAUUCUUCUCUCCCUGAUGACUAUCAUCUUCUUUAUCUGCUCUGUGCCCUUCACAGUCCAGGUAUACAUGAAUAGGUUCUGUCCGGAUCGCCAUAAUGACAAGAGGGACCUUCUAGCUCUAAGAUUUAUCUCUGUCAAUUCAAUUAUUGACCCCUGGGUCUUCACCAUCUUAAGACCUCCUGUUCUUAGGCUUAUACGUUAUGUUUUGUGCUGUCAGAAGCCAUUGAAAAUAAAAGAAAUUGCCAAGUCUCCAUCUUUGACCAGUCGACUAUCAAAUACUAAGCUGACCAUUGUGGACACAAAAUAUGGAAGUGCUCAGAAGAAUCAGCCUGAUGGACAUGGAGAGAACACUUAAGGGUAUAACAUUGUCCAACUGGACUUAUUACGACAAAGAUUGAAUGUGACUGUUUGGUUCUGAUUUCAGGCAAGGUAAAUGUAAAAAGGCCAACAUAUUGCCCUAGGUUUUUAGACCACUAGAAUGAAGCUAUUAUUACUACUUGUAUCAUUCAAAAGUGUCAAUAUUAAGUCAUCAAAGGGCCACUUACAGUUCUUAUUGUACUGAUACUGCUGCUGGGGCUUUGCUAUAUCAUUGGAACUAUUACUGAUUGCAUUGUAGAGGCACCCACAGUAUCAGGCCUUGCAGCAUUUUCCAUGAACAACUAAUGGUUCAACCAUUUUAUACCAUUUCUCAAAGAGAGAUAUAGUUCAGCAGAUGUUUGAGCGGAAAGUGUAGUCAAUGUUGCUUCCAGAACAUCUGAUAUUCAUUGUUAAAGGAGACGGAAACAUAUCCAGAAUAAUUACAGUAGGUCCUACUCUUCUCUCUUAAAUCUCCAUAAUUUUUAAGCAUUUAUUCAUAAGAUAAAGAAACUGCCACCCGACGUUCACCACAUUACUAGUAUAUUUCAGCUGCCAUGUUUCUUCCCUGUGGCAUCACUUCUAAUGGAAGCCAAAUUCUAAUUCUUUACAGAAUAAUGGACAAGCAGACUUAUAUUUAUGUAUAUAAAAACUCUAUGAUUUUACAUUAUGCAUACUCAGGGGCAAUUGGCACAGUCUCUAAAACAGAUAUGGGCAUAUUAUGCACAAACAUGAAAUCCAGUUGGCCUUACCAAUUUAAAAGUAUACAUGUUUGAUAUACUGCAAAGGCUAAAACCUGUAUAUUUCAUGAAAAUUUACAGAUUAAAGAUACAUUGUUAAUGUGGUUAAAGUAGAUUAUAACAUUCACAUAUACCUUUCUCUAUACUCUAUAGCAUACCUCCCAACUGUCCCAUUUUCAGAGGGACAGUCCCGCGUUUGACAGCUCAACCCACAGUUCCUCGUU